AUGCCGGCGGUCAAGAAGGAGCUCCCAGGCCGCGAGGACCUGGCCCUGGCUCUGGCCGCCUUCCGUCCGACCCUGGCCGCACUACCACUGCCGCCGCUCCCAGGCUACCUGACACCACUGCCAGCUUCGGCCGCCCUGCCCCCGGCCGCCUCGCUACCCGCCGCGACCGCCGGCUACGAGGCGCUGUUGGCUCCGUCACUCCGCUCGCCGCGCGCCUACCUGAGCCUACACGAGGCCGCCCCGUACCUCCACCUGCCCCGGGACCCCCUGGCCCUCGAGCGCUUCUCUGCCACUGCGGCCGCAGCACCGGAUUUCCAGCCGCUGCUCGACAACGGCGAGCCGUGCAUCGAGGUGGAGUGCGGCGCCAACCGCGCGCUACUUUACGUGCGCAAACUCUGCCAGGGCAGCAAAGGUCCGUCCAUCCGCCACCGCGGGGAGUGGCUCACACCCAACGAGUUCCAGUUCGUCAGCGGCCGGGAGACGGCCAAGGACUGGAAGCGCAGCAUCCGCCACAAAGGAAAAAGUCUGAAGACGCUUAUGUCCAAGGGGAUUCUGCAGGUGCACCCUCCGAUCUGCGACUGUCCAGGCUGUCGAAUAUCCUCCCCAGUGAACCGGGGGCGGCUGGCAGACAAGAGGACGGUUGCCCUCCCCACUGCGCGGGUCCUAAAGAAGGAGCUGACCACCAGCUUCUCGGCCAGUGAUGGUGACAGCGAUGGGAACGGCCCCGCCUAUGGGCAGCGGCCAGGCUUGAAGCAGGAGGACACCCCCCAUGUCCGUAUCAUGAAGAGAAGAGUCCACACCCACUGGGACGUGAACAUCUCCUUCCGAGAGACGUCCUGCAGCCAGGACAGUGACCUGCCCACCCUCAUAUCCAGCGUCCAUCGUAGCCGCCACCUCGUUAUGCCCGAGCAUCAGAGCCGCUGUGAAUUCCAGAGAGGUGGUGUGGAGAUCGGCCUGGGAGCUGCAGGUGACCUGUUGGGCAAGAGGCCAGGCCGCACCCCCCACGUCAGCGGUGAGUGCCCACUGGAGAAGAAGGCACGAAGCAAGCCACCCCAAGAGACUCUGUUGCUGCCAGAGCUAGGGCCCAGCAUGGCCCCUGAGGAUCACUACCGCCGGCUUGUGUCUGCCCUGAGUGAGGCCGGCACCUUUGAGGACCCGCAGCGUCUCUACCACCUGGGCCUCCCCAGCCACGAUCUCCUGAGGGUCCGGCAAGAGGUGGCAGCAGCAUCUGUGAGGAGCCCCAGUGGCCUGGAAGUCCACUUACCCUCAUCCACGGCAGGUCAGCGCCGAAAGCAGGGCCUGGCUCAGCACCGAGAGGGCACCGUGCCAGCUGGCACCCCAUCCUUCUCAGAGAGGGAACUGUCGCAGCCGCCCCCCUUGCUGUCGCCCCAGAAUGCCCCUCACAUCGCCCUGGGCCCCCACCUUCGGCCUCCCUUUCUGGGGGUGCCCUCGGCCCUGUGCCAGACCCCAGGUUACGGCUUCCUGCCCCCUGCCCAGGCGGAGAUGCUCGCCCGGCAGCAGGAGCUCCUGCGGAAGCAGAACCUGGCCCGACUGGAGAUGUCGGCAGAGCUGCUGCGUCAGAAGGAGCUGGAGAGCGCGCACCGGCCGCAGCUGCUGGCGCCCGAAGCCACCCUGCGCCCCGCCGACGGCGCCGAGGAGUUGCAGCGGCGCGGGGCCAUGCUGGUGCUGAGACACAGCUCCGCGCCGCUGCUGGCCCUGCCCCCCCAGGGACCCCCGGGCCCCGGCCCACCCACCCCUCCCCGGGAGCCUGUCCGCCGAGCCCCUCGGAAGGGGGGACCCAGCCCUGCCUCAGCCCACUCCAGUGAGUCCAAGGAGACCACGGGGGCUGGGCUCUGGGCACAAGAUGGCUCUGAGGAUGAGCCCCCAAAGGAUUCAGAAGGAGAGGACCCUGAGAUGGUGGCCGCCGGGGGCCAGGGCCCCACCCUGGGCCAAGCCCCAACUGGAGGGGCCAGCCCUGAGGGGAAGGGGCUUCUCUCAGGGUCCAUGCUGCCCCCUCCACUGCCCCUGGGCUUACCCUACGCCGUCAGCCCCUACUUCCACACAGGCACCAUGGGGGGACUCUUCAUGGAUGGGGAGGAGGCCACAGCCCCUGAGGACCUCAGCAAGUGGACAGUGGAUGAUGUCUGCAGCUUUGUGGGGGGCCUUUCUGGCUGUGGAGAAUAUGCACCGGUCUUCAGAGAACAGGGGAUCGACGGGGAGACCUUGCCCCUGCUGACAGAGGAGCACCUCCUGACCACCAUGGGGCUGAAGCUCGGGCCUGCUCUCAAGAUCCGGGCCCAGGUGGCCAAGCGCCUGGGCCGAGUCUUCUACAUGGCCAGCUUCCCUGUGGCUUUGCCACUGCAGCCACCAACACUACGGGCCCCAGAGCGGGAGCUCACCUCUGGAGAGCAGGCCCUGUCCCCAGCAUUGGCCCCUUCCCCCUAUGGUGGGGGGCACCCCCCUGCUGGGAGAGCCUCGCCCAAGCAAGAGAAUGGAACUGUGGCUCUACUCCCAGGGCCUGCAGACCCCUCCCAGCCUCUGUGCUAA